GGCCUGUCUCUGUCCAUGGUGCCCAAGUCACACUUGGUGGAUCUGACAGUGUUUCCUCCCUCCGUCACAUCUCGAUGUUGUUUUGUUUGUUUGUUUACUUGUUUACUUUUGCGAUCACAGCUGUGCGUCUCUCUUUUGUGCUCCCACGCGCUCUGUAUUGAUCCUCUCCCGGAGUCGACGCGCAGCUGAUCCGGGCUGCUCCCCUCCAAUCAGCUGCGCCUCUGACUCCGUCGUACGAUUUUCUUUCUUUCUUUUUAUUUUUUUCUCGCGUGUUUCUCGCUCGCGGUGGCUUGUUUUCAGCCGCCACACAGCAGCUCGAUGCCUCAGUUCUGUGGACGAGGAGGAGGAGGAGGAGAAAGAGACGUGCGCACGUAGUGCAAAAGAAAAAAAAAAUGGACUGCGCACUCUCCUCCGUCACAUCGAGCGGUCUGACAGCGUCCUCCUCCUGGUGAUGCUCGGAUGUAGCGGGAGCGAGGAGCGGUUCUGCCGGAGGAGCGCGGUGCCGUGUCGCAUUUUUACGCAGCGAUCCAGCCUCGAAUCAAACGGCGUCACAUGCAGCUGGAAAGCGCCUCAACGCUUCAGAUAAGAUGCGCUCGGGUGGAUGCGGCAGCACACAGGAUUCGGACCAGCACCGGAGGCCAGCAUGGACGUUUUUAUAACCGAGCGCGUCUAUUAGAUUUUGGCACUUAACAUCAAUUUAAAGACUCAGCCAUGGCUGAUGAGAGCAGCCUGUCUCGGCAGAUCGCGAGUGUGGACCGGAGCGUGGUGUUCCUCAGGCAGGAGCACCUCACCUUACUCCACGGCCUCCACCUGGAGAUCCUCUCCCUGCAGAAACGAUGCUCAGAGUUGACAAGCGAGCUGAAGGUGAAUCCUCCUGGCAGAAGCCAAAUAGAGUUACAGGAGGAAGAGGAGCUCCUGGAGGCCAGCUGUCGGCGCUUGGAAACCCGCCUGGCUGAGCGCGAUUGCACCUUAGGAGAGCUUCGUAAGGAGCUGGGUCACAAAGGGGCUUUGGUGGGAGCCCUCCGAGCCAAUCUCAAGGAAAAGGAGCGCCACUUCCUGGAGGAGCUGAAGCGCCGCAGCCACUGCUCCACCAUCCUCAACACGGAGCUGCAGAAGCAAACCGAGGCAGCAGCAUACCUCUCCUUCCAGCUGCACGCUGCCAGGCAGAAACUGCACCACCAGCGGAUGCAGCAGAGGCAGGGACUCCUCGCCAGAGCCAACAGUCAGGGGCCCCAGUGCGGUGCCGAGCUGAACUCUCCACAGAUGCCGCUGGGAGCCUCCCCUUCCUCUCCUGUGGUAAAGCCCAAGCGUAAGAGUGCUCGGGCGUCUUCAAGGGUGGAGCGCGCCCGGGAGUGCGUGCCCAUAGAGAAAGUGAUGGGCCCCGCAGAGCCGACAGCCAUGCCGGACCCCGCACUCUUCCUCCACCCCCGAAGGCACCGAGCUCGCUCCAGGCACACACAGAGACAGCCUCCACUGGGCCUGGAGAAGGAGGAUGAGGAGGACGGAGGUGGUGAAGGGCCGGUGGAGCCCCAGGAAGAAGCUGCCAGACUGGUGUCUUCAGCUGCAGCGCCCCCUGCUGCUGAGACAAAGGCAGAUUAGCUACUACUGUGACCUGCACUUUUAAAAAACGGUUAUCUCCUGUCAGACUGUUAAUGCUGUUAACUGUUGUUCUGCACCUUGACUGAAUUGAUACUGAGACUGGUUUUAUCUAUCGAAUUAUAUCACACUUACCGUAGACACUUUUUUUAAUAUGGACUUUGAUAUAACCUUAGAUAACUUGCAAAGAAAAACUCAGUGUCACUUUAAGUCGGUCUAGAUGAAGUUAGAUGAAUUAUCUGUUUACACCGGUGUCACAUGCUCAGUAUACUGUGGGGCCUUAUUUCAAAGCAGCCCCUGUUUGGAUUUAUGGGCGACGGUGAGUUUGAACAUGGCAGCAGCCAUUUUUAGGGGAGGACCAGGAGCAAUGUUGUGUGGCCCCGACCAACUGUGACCCAUCAAGGCUGAUCAUAAAUCAACCACGUGACCAAACGUUUGUGUGGCCCUGACUGAGGCACAGCUGCAAAUAUCUGAGGGCGUGUGCACGUCUGCGUGAGUCCGCCAUGUGAAAUAAUAUAGCCUGGUAGGAAAAAUUGAACAGGAACAGAUAACUUACAAACAUUUUAUUUCUUGUCCCAAAUUUAAGCGAUGACUCCUGCUGCAAAAGAAAUGUACACUUCAUAUCCAAUUCUCUGCAAGGUGUCCAUGGAAUCUAUUUGGUGGGACGAAACAUCACAGUCCCUCUUACCAGAACCCAUAAUCUUCAACUGGUUAUCUGGGCAACAAUUGUCUAAACUCCAACAUAAAAUCCUGACCUCAAUGACAGAAGGAGAAACAGAAUUUGACGUUUGUCUCAAACCAGUGUGCAGCGUAUUAAGUGCACAUAAAUGUAGCAACAAUUCAACAAUUCAGUCGAGUUCAAGUGACCAAAACACAAACUUUAUAAAUAGAUCUCAACUUAUUAAACUACACACUUAUGUAUCUCAUCUGAUAUUCUUGAAAUCAGGCUGGGGCUCCAACUAACGAUUGUUUUUAUCGUUACUUUCUCAAUUAAUCCAUUCAUUUUUUUGGUCUGUAAAAUGUUUGAUGAUAGUUUAAAGGGUCAAUCCAUGUUCCCCAAAGCCCAAAAUGUCGGUCGGUUUACUGUCAUAGAGCUGUGAAAAACAAAACAAUCCAAACCAGCAGAAAAUAUUCACAUUAAAAGAGCUGGAAUCAGUUGAUCUAGAUUACUAGAUUAGAUAAACUGAUGAAUCCAUUAUCAAAAGUACUUUAACAGUG